AUGGCAUGCUGGCCGCGACGCGCCCUGCUGUGGCUGCUGGCGGGCGCCUGCGGUCUGGCUUUGCUCGGCUACUGCGUCUACUUCGACCGAAAACGACGAAGCGCCCCGAACUUCAAGCAGAAGCUGAGAGAAAAAAGAAGAAAAGAACAGGAAAAAGCAAAGGAAAAUGAAGCAGAGUUACUCAAGCUGAAAGAUUCUGCAACAGUACAAGAGUUCUUUCUGCAAGAGAUACAGCUAGGGGAGCUUUGGUUGGCAAGAGGAGAACAGAAGAAGAGCAUUGAACACCUCAUCAAUGCCAUUUCUGUGUGUACACAUCCACACCAACUAAUACAAGUCUUGGAGCAAACUCUACCUCCCUAUGUAUUUGAAAUGCUUUUGCACAGUAUUCCAUAUACUAUUCAACGAUUUGAGGCAGCUGUGAACCAGCAGAAUGCUAGAGACGAGUGAGAAU